AUGCUCCGGUUCCUUCUCCUCGUGGCGAUUGGCGCCAGCGUCUGCAGAGGUCAAGACCAAGCUGUAGCAGCCUCGUUCUCCGGGCUCUAUGGAGGCACCGGGGGGGACGAAUUCUCCCAAACCAAUUUUGAGAUUGUUGGGCCCAUCACUGCAAUGAAGAUCUGGACAGGCAUCCUGACCCUCCAUGGGAUCCAGGUUCGCUACGGGAACGCGUGGAGCAGUGUGAACGGGGCGGCCUGGGGCACGCUGGUGCAGAUGGAUCUGGAGCCGGGCGAGAGCGUCGUGCAGGUCCAGGGCAGCUACAGUUACUGGGUCGUCACCUCGCUGACCUUCACCACCAGCCUGGGCCGCACCUUCCUCUUCGGGAACCAGAGCGGGGGCACCUUCCUGGCGCUGCCCCCGGCCCCGGGCUCCGUGCUGCGGGCCGUCAGCGGCCGGGCCGGCUCCUACCUCUAUGCCAUCGGCUUCCACUGGGGCGCCCCCCCUGCCAAGGGGGCACCCUGCAGCACCUGA